AUGGACAAGUUCCCGGAAUCAAAGAAAUUUCAAUGUUUGAGAUGGGUGACAGCUAGUAUCGUAAUCCUUCUUUAUAUGGGCUACCUGGCAUUUCUCAUAUAUCGAAUCAUCAACGACAAACCAUUGAUACAAAUAACUUAUGAGUAUUUGGACAAACUCAGCAUUCCUGAAAUUGAACUCUGUGGUGAUCACAGUGAUAUCGAAAUAUCUAAAUGCAUUUUCCAUUGGAAUAAUAACGAAAAUUCCACUGACGGCUGUAGCCCGGAAAGCAAAAUAUUUGAAUCUGAAAAAGUCACGACAGUGGAUCAGGAUGGGGUUAAGCAUUGCUAUACUCUUCGAGCUAACAGUAGUUAUUUUUUCAGUGACUCGGAAAAAAUCUCUGAAGGGUUGUCGGUAGGGGGCAUUGAUUUUUAUUUCAAAAUUCUUAAUAUUUCCGCCGUUAUCGAGCAUUUUUUAUCCGUGGGAACUAUUACAGGCAAAAUAAUGGAUAAAGAAUUCAAGAAUUUAUCACCGACAAAUCCAGUAAAAAAACGAUUGGAUCAACAAAUGAAUACGUUCGCGGGCAUACAAAAUGUAUCGGCUCUGAUAUUCUUUAAGAAAACCACCUUGUCCACUUUACCCGACGACAUCUCCACAAUUCUCGGCCUACCUCCUAAUUACAUUAGCACACCCUUCUUUACCACUGUGUCGAAAUACUUUCAAAUGCAUCCAAAUGAUAGCUUUCCCUUUACAGGUCACUUUUAUGUUGCUCCAGGAAGUUUUCUCCACGAAGUGCAAUCUGAAAAACGUUCGUAUACGGUUCUUGGGACUCUGGGAGUGGCUGGUGGUGCUAUUGGAUUGAUUGGUGGAAUUUAUAUGUUGUUUUUUGGACAACCAAGAAUUAAUCCUUGGGGACUAAUGCAUAAAGUGGCAAAAUCAGAAGUAAUACGCAGUGCGGACUUGGAGAACCUUCCAUUCGUCUCGAAUACUAGUCCUACCAAAGGAAAAAUUUCUACUAGAGAAAGGGUAAAGAGGGUGGAAGGUAGGAUUCUAGAAUUAGAAACAAUUUUGGGAGAAUAUGUGAUUAAUACAUUGAAAAUGUGA